AUGAGUAACCGACGGGUUAAGAGCCUGGCGCUCGAGGAUGACGAUUACGACGACUACGAUGACUAUGACGAAAAUUACGACGAGGGCGGUGACAACGAACUUUCACCAGAAGACAAGGAGCAAAUGCGGCUGGGCACCAUCAAGGUCCGCGAAGAUCUUGGAUCGGCUUAUAAGCUGUCCGACACCGAGAUCCAGGAGGCUCUUUGGCAUUACUACUACGACAUCAACAAAUGCGUGGCCUAUCUUAAGAGUAUAGGCGCUCCCAGCAUUCAACGAAGUACCUCCGCUGACCUGUCGACAGGCAAGCACAAACCUACAGUCACCCCAUCAAAGAAGACACCCGCCGAAACCAGGAGUAAGUCUAUCUUUUCUGUUGAUGCAACCCCGCUGCUUGCGAGACUUGAAUCGGAUCGUGGUGGCCAUGAAUGCUCGGACUUCAGGUACGGUGCUGAUGGGGAACAAGAGCUUACAAACCAUACUGUCUGCUCGACUCCGUUCUCUGCCGCAGAAUUCUUCAAGGACUGUCCUUGGCUUAGUGUUCCCGAGCAUCGCAAGGCUGUGAUCCUAAUUGAGCCAUUGUAUCCCCGUGGUGGACUCUUAGGUGGCUCAUCUGGAGGCGGGAAACCUUCUAAGCUAGCUGCUCUGGCCGCGAAACGCAGACAAAAGGAGAACGAGCGCUCUGCUUCCAACAAUAUACCUACACCAAAAUCGGACAAUGACUAUGUGGCACGCCUCCGGAGUCUUCACAUCAAUGGCCCGGCGGCUCAACAAAGGCCCACCACUACUCGCACAAAUGAAUCCUCUAAAGAUCACAUCAUGACGGACGAUCUACAGGUGCAACGUCCUGAGGAUGAUUCUACCCUGGGCUCAUCAACAGAGCAUGGGCAGAAAUCUGAGACUCCGAAUGUGCCAGAACCGGUGAUUCGCGCACCACCGUCCGCAUUCGCCAGCAUCAUGACCAGCCACGAUUUUGAUGAGAGGCAUCUACAAGUCUCUCCCAAUCUCCUUCUUCCCGCUCUUGAUCUUUCUAAGUUUGCCGCCUUUGCAGAGCCGAGUCCAGACGAUGUCGUGUCACGGGCUCAAAAUGCAAAAGGUCGGAGUUGA